UACACUAGUAUCCGAAAUUCUAGCCGAAAUAUGAGAUGGAUUACAAUAAUUUUUAUGAAAACAGACCGCCAGCUCUUACGAAAUCCGAACUGGUUGAACGUAUAGCAUUGUUGGAAACACUGCUGGCAGCCCGAUCUCGUUGCAGCAUCGAUUUCGGUGAUUGUAUGCCGGAUGGCCACCUACCGACCAAUGGUGAUAAAAGGACUUACUCGGAAUGUUCUUGUGACGACCUCGAGGAUGAUGAAAAGGAGUUCAGCGAAGCCAAUGAGAGUCCUGUGCGUGACAUCCCACUCAGAUCCGUCUCCACUCCUCCAGUUUAUACAAGUUUCUUUCAUAAAAUCAUGGAUAAUGCCAAAUCAAUGUUGUCUCUCAGAUACAACAAUAAAAAUGCAACAGAAUGUCAGUGUGACUCUUCAAAAGUGGUUAAUGGGGAUGAGGAAAGUAAAUCAUCAUCAGAUUCAUCAAUGACAUACCCAGCUUAUACAUUAACCAGUAGUCGUGUAGAUACUCAUAAAUCAUCAGGUGAAUCUAGCAGUCCCACUGGAAAAAUUCCAGGCAAACACAUAUCUUUUGAGUUUGAUAAUACUGACAACAGAGUUGCCUCACGUGAAAUAUUCAGUUACCCUUCAAGAAAUCCUCAAAAUCUGGGCUGUACUUGUUCCUUAUGCAAAACAUGUCUACCAAGUACUUCUAGUGCCAACGAAAAUUGUGCCACAAGCGUAGAAACUACCAUAGACAGUGAUGACAGCAGUUCCAGUUCAAUGGAAGGGCAACAGCAACUAAUUCCAAAGGUGUUCAAAAUAUCCAGCCACAUAGAACCAACGUUCUCCAAAAUGUCAGUCCAGUCACACUCCAAGAAAGCUUUGCAUUACUGCGAACACCAACCAAACAGAGAAAACCAACAACACAGAGGCAUAUCUACUGAAGUCAAAGUUAACGAAAUCGCCUUACAAAACAACCCCAGGGUUUGUGAGACUAGUACCGACCCCCCAUCAAAAAAGUUGUAUGUUAAGAAUGCAGGAGUGAACUUUAAUCCUGACGAAUUAAAAAUAAUGACUGAUACUUCAAUGAAUCAUGAGUUACAACGACAUCAUGUCGGUGUGUACUUUAAUCCCGAUGAAGAUUUGAGAAUGGAUGGCGACAGCUCGAGAGUAAAAGGGGCGCCCCAGCAUCAUGUUGGAGUGUACUUUAAUCCUGAUGAAGAUAAAAUGGAAGGAGAUACGUCUAAAAGCCUGAAGAAAACCAUGGAGGCUAUGAUGAGUACCCCUGAUGAACAUAUACGACAACUAGCUGUCCAACAGACUCAUAUUACCAAUUAUAUGUACCCUUCGGUGCACUAUAAACAUCCCCAUGCAGCCAAUCACCAAUCUCACUCAGAACAUUGCACUGAAAGUCAGAGGAAUGCCUCAAAUGUAGUUAACACCGUUGCCUCAGACGACAAGUACUUGCGGCCGGAACAUGUCAACACAACAAGACGUCGAAGGACUCAGGAACGAAGAAGCGUCGAUUACACCCAAGGGUCACAACAAAGCAACAAUUCGGCUACAAGUGCGGUGGUAACCGGAUUCUCUUUAAAUGAUGACCUGCAGCAAAACGAAAAGUUUUCCCAACGCAUCGAUGAAAUUGAGGAGGUGGUUCAAGUACUUACUGCCACUGUUGCUCACAGCAAAAAGACUUGUCCUAAUCACAGCUCCAGAUCUGUGGAAAGAUCCGCCUCCAAACCAGAAAUUAUCGGUAACUCCACCCAAACUGUGGGACGCAGAAGAAGUGUGAGUCGAGCAAACGUUGCAGUUAGAAAUGAGAACGUGCCCAGACGUAGAAGGAGAAGCUCCUGCUCCCCAUCAGUCAGGAGGAAUUCCCAGUCAUUCUCCUCUUCCAUAGAACUCGGUAAUUUUCAACCAGACUCCAUAAACCACGCCAAUGAUAAUUCGGAAACUUCGUACACCAGAGACCACAGCACAAUUGCUCCCUUACCUCCCAAGAAGAUCUUUAAAGAGACCGUGUACUCCUUCAGAACUAGAAAUCCAGAAAUAACUGGCUAUUGCACAAUGGAAACAUGUGAGAACAAGAAUGUCAGGACUACUGGAAUUACCAAUUGUUCAACAAACAGAGCUAUUUAUGCUCCCAAUUAUGAAAAUGGAAAUAAUGGCUGUCUGAGUCAAGGUCAAGGCUUGUCAAAUAGAGCUAUUUAUGCUCCCAAUUCUGAGAAUGGAAAUAAUAUCUGUUCAAGUCAAGGUCAAGGCUUGACAAACGGAGCUAAUUAUGCUCUCAAUUUUGAGAAUGGAAAUAAUGGCUGUUCCAAUCAAGCUCAAGCCUUGGCUGACAAAAAUGGCUCAUCAACUUGUAAAGCUGUGUGUGCUACUGGCUACAACGUUAACACCAGAUACUCCUUUUUGAGAGACAAUGAAGCAAAUUCACCAACAAACGCUCUUGCUGUGCCCACAAACGUUGAUCAAAAACGCAGUGGCUGCUGCCCCAGCGCAUGUUGCCCUUGUUCCAAGUCAAACAUACCAGAUGACUUCACAAAAAUCAGCCAAGACUUGAAGCUUGAAAACGUGUUACUGCGAAACGACUUAGAAGACAUGAAAUUAGAGCUGAAGCAAACCUUGGAGACCCUACAAGGCCCAAUGCAACACAAAUUACUAGAGGAGCAGGUGAAAUGCUUAAAACUAGAGGAGGAACUGGAGCAAACCCAAAAAACGAUGGAGGCAAAGGAAAAGGACAGCAACAAGGAAAUGCAGGAGCUAAGAAUGGAGCUGUACUGUACCACCAACAACAUCGACCAGCUAAACGAGCACAACGAAAAGCUGAAGUGCGAGCUGAGCAACCUGAGCAAGAUGUGUGCCAAACUGGAGGAAGACCUGGUCAAGCAAAAAGUCAUGGAGGCCGACACCAUCAGGCUCCUGACGAAGAAAUGCCAGGACGAAGCCGUGCAAAAGAAGUCACCGUGCCCACCAAGCAAGGCAAAGGUGUCGGACACCUCGGACAACAUGUGCGAGGAGAACCUGCACGUGAUAGCCAGGAAACUGAGCGAGACCUUGAAGCAGUGCGAACCCUGCGAGGAGUGCGCCUUCUUCCCGCCCGAGCUUUCUCAGGCGGCGAAGUGUAUCAAGAAUCUGACCGACAUGGUGGACAUGCACAGAGUGGAGACUGAGUGCUCGCAGGAGGAGGAGCCCGUACGCCAACCUAAGCCGUCUCCCAAGAGGAAGAAGAGGGAGAAAGGUGAAAAAAAGUGCAACUGUACGAGGAAAAAGAAGAAGAGUAAGCAUGAUGGAGAUAGAAGGGAUAGUGAAUGUGAAAAGAUCGAUGAGGCCACAAUGAAGAAGGAGGCGAACACCAUCGCCUGCCAAUGUGAUUUAACUCAAGCAAAAGCUAAAAAUUGUGACGAAACCACUGAAACCGUUGCCGAAAUAAAGAUAAAAUAUGAGGUUACAGAUGAAAUUCCAGGGGAUGUGGUCGAAGAUAAAUUGGAGAAAGAACAAGAACCAGGACGACCAGCCUCCUGUCAAUGUGACUUAGGAUUAAGUGAAGGCGUUCAAGUGGUAGAACUUUCAAACACUAAAAGUGGCGACGAAGAAGACUUUCAGCAAUGUCUAGACAAAUGUUGCACAUGUUCCACUGAAAACAUCAAAAAUGAUACUACUAUACGAGAACCACCAACUGAAACUUUGAGUGUUUCAACAAGUGGACCAACUAGUUGCUAUUGUUCAACACAGACCUCAACUGGAAACACAACUUACGAAAGAAUUUUCUCCGAGCAACAACCAGGUUUUAAUUCAACUCUUAUAUCAACUGGAACUUACAAUAGAGAACAACAAGUAGAUGUUGAAGUAAGAGCACAGUUUGAAUAUCAAGAUGUAGCUCCAAUUACGGGUACCAACGAUCAAACUACAGUUUAUUUCCGGGAGCCAAAUAGUACCAUAAAUCAAGAUCGACCUCUAGGAGUAUUUGACAAGCCUACUGGUUUCCCUUUCAACGUUGAGACUGAAAUUGACGAGAAUGUGGAACCACCAACGAAUUUCAAUGUCACCACAACAGUCGUGGACAAUGGUACUAUUGAAGUCAUCACAGAGGGGGCUACAGGUGUAGUGGAAACUACCUUAGUAUACACUCCUAGUGGAAACAUAGAAGUUGUAACAGAAAUUUUAGAUGAUGGGCCCAGUGUACUACCACAAUCUACAUUUAGAGAAGACACCCCAACAACAAGGGGGAUGAUGCCAGAAGGCACACCAACACCAAUGUGGGUGAGACCAGGGGACACCCAAAGGGGAGACAAACCUUGCUUUUGUGUCAAACCAGUGAUGAACUUGCCUCCUCCUCCACCUCCUCCUGUAUAUGAAAAUACUCAAAUGAUGCAGAAACCAAAAGAUUGUACCUGUAAAGUACCAGUUACUAGCAUGGAACCACCUCCUCCUACGUACAGAGCCUUACCACCUGAAAGAAGCAUGGAUAGACUGAAAGGAUGUUUCUGUGUAAAACCAGAGUCGUCUAUAUUCCCUCCCGCGAUUGAAGAAAAACCAAAACCUGAGGACGUAUGUUCUUGUCCAAAACAACCAGAAAAAAUUGUUAAUGACCCAAUAAAAUGUACUUGCGUAUGUACGUGCUCAGAUCCAAAUGGUCGUUAUCCCGAUACGUGUCUUGCCAAAGAAACUUGCGGGUACCGACCUAAAGUCGAAGAAGGGGAUGUCCCACCAUCUGAAAAGCCUCCACGGACUUGUCCCGCAAACCCAAAGAAAAUAUGUAAAUGUGGAGGAGAACCAGAGUUGCCCUGUGACAAACUUAAAAAGCCCUCGGAAAUGCCCAAAGGAGAAGAACAAAUUGUUGGCGAACCAAGGGAAAAGGAAGGCUUUGAAUUUGAAGAAACGGAAGCUGAAUUAGGAAUGAAAAUGGAGUUAGUAUACGAACAAGAAAUUAAAGAGGAGAAAGAGGAAGGAGAAGAAGAAAAACCGGAACUAGAGGAAGGACUAGGGGGUAUACCACUAACAGAGAAAGAAUCCGUAUACGAAACCGCACCCGAGAAAUUCGAAGAAGAAUACGAAGAAGCAAUGGAAGGAAAAGGAGAAGAAGAAAUGGGUGACGAGUCUGUCCUUAAAGAACACGAUUUCGAAAAGGAAGGCCCACCCACUGAAGGUGAAUCAAUGAUCAAAGAGGAAGGAGGUGAGCCUGGAGUAACGGAAUCAAAGUUGGGGGACAAGGCGUCUCGAAUGACGAAAGAAGGCGAACCGAUUGAGUCUGAUGAAGGUUUGACGCCCAAAGAAGAAGGUGAAGACCUCGAAGAAACCUUAAUUCUUAAAGGAAAGGAAUCGGAGAUGCAGAAGUAUGAAGCCGAAGAAACAUUAACUGCCGAGGAAAAAGAAUUAGGAAUUGCUAAAGAAAGUUCUCCGGUCGGUUCAAAAGAAGGAUCAGUAACAGAGAAAAAAGAAGGUUUACUAAGCGAGGAAGCUUUGAAGAAGUCAACAGAAGACGCAGGCAAAACUUCAGAAGAGGGUGUCGAUGUACAGAAAGAGUUGUCAGAGGAACCAAUUAUGAAAGAACCAUCUGAAGUAAAAGAGGAAUUAGAAGUAGAAGGAGAACCAACUGAAGUAACGAAAGAACCAUCUGAAGUAAAGGAUGGACUACCACCUGAAGUAGAAGAAUCAACUGAACUACAGAGAGAACCAUCUGAAGUAAAGAAAGAAUCAUCUGAAGUAAAGAAAGAAUCAUCUGAAGUAAAGAAAGAAUCAUCUGAAGUAAAGAAAGAAUCUGCUGAAAUAGUAGAACCAUCUGAAGCAAAGAAAGAAUCUGUUGACGCAAUAGAAGAACCCAAGAAAAUAUCUGAGGAAAGUAUUGGUAAAGUUGAGACAGAAGUUGCUGGGGUUGAUUACGAGAAACUUCAAAAAGAUAAAGUUUCAUCAGAAGAAGGCGUAUGUGUCUGCGCAGAUCAAUAUCCAAGGGAAUCAAAAAUCAAAAAAGAACAAGAAGCUGCCGAAGAUGAAGAGGCGAAGCGCUUAGCUGCUGAAGCUGAACGCUUGGCUGCAGAAGAGGCAGAACAUCUAGCCAAAGAAGAAGCGGACCGUUUAGCUGCUGAAGAGACGGAACGUUUAGCUGCCGAAGAGGCGGAACGUUUAGCUGCCGACGAAGAGACGGACCGUUUAGCCAAAGAAGAGGCGGAACUCUUAGCCGCCGAAGAGGCGGAACGUUUAGCUGUUGAAGAGGCGGAACGUUUAGCCAAAGAAGAGGCGGACCGUUUAGCUGCUGAAGAGGCGGAACGUUUAGCCAAAGAAGAGGCGGAACACGCUGCUGCAGAAGAAACAACAGACGCAGAAGACGAAACACAUCCCUUAACUGAGGGAGAUGAAACGACUCCUUUGACUACUGAAGAAGACGAGGAAGGACUGGAGGUUGUGAAAGAGGAAGAUACUCAGUUGUUAUCUGCUGAAGGAGAUGAAGGUGAAGAGGAAGAAGGGGUACGAUUUCCAAAAGAUGAAGUGGAUGAGUUACUUGCUCAACUAGAUGAGAUGGAGGUUGAAGAUUACGAUAUGUACCUUGAUGAACUGUCUGAGUUAGAAGACGAAAUGGAAACUGCGGAAGAAGGUGAAGGUGACUUAGGUCCAAAAGAAUCAGAAAUAACUGAAGAUUAUCCUCCAACCGAUGAAUCCGGCAACGUCACACCUUACAGUGGGGUGUCCACAGAAAUGAGCUCACAUUACAGCGAAUACCGAGAAGAACAUGAAUACGGCGAUGUAAUAUGCCCAACAAAAACAACAUGUCAAUCGACGGUUGUCAAGGCGCAACAGGACUCUACCUGUCAGUCAACUGACAAGGUUGAUAGAUCGAAUCAAUGCAACGAAUGCAGGAACGUCGGGGUUUCCACACUUGCAUCAUCUGAAACCGCCACUGAAAUGGUAGGUUCCAUCGGCCAUGACACAUUGCUUGGGUUAACGCACGAACAGCUCAGGGAAUUGCUCAAAUGUCCCGGAAUCGGGGCCCUAUUGGAAACAGACACAUCAAAAAGUAAAAUUAAAUCGGAAACAUCGUUUCCAACAGAAAACGAUCUGGAGAAUUCUGAAUUGAAAGAACUUUUGGAGGAAAUAAAAGAAGACAUUGAAAACGCUAAAACAGACAGAUCAAUAAUAGAUGAAUUAGAUUACUCAGGACAUUCUCGAACUAGCACUUGUCCGGGUACUAAAAGGGGUACUUGCCCUAUAGAAAUAUGUCCAGGAGUUCUCCAACAAAAAAUAAUAGAACGUGAUUCUAUGGUUGCUAGUUCGAAAAGAAGCUUAACAAUAAAAGACCCACCAGAAGUAAAAGUAGAGCCAACGAGGAAAAGAAAAUGCGAAUGUCCAAGGACAAAACCACCAACAAUAUCCCACUCGGAGACUCCAAAAAGGAGGAACGAAGUCGGGAACAUCGAGAGACGUACCCUGAGUGAAACAGGAAAGAAAAAGUGCACCACCUUCAAAGAAACGGAAAAUUUCGUAAACACAGCUGCCAAUUUGGAUAGAACCGAAGGAGACUUAAGUUCCCCAUGUUGUUCCUGUAAGAAAGAAAGCCCCCGAGCCCAUCCGCCCGAGUGCGACUGCACGAAAUGCAUAUGUGCGCCGUGCCACGACCCAAAAAUCCUGGCCCAGGUGCAGGCGGAGCUGAACAAGUGCAAGAAACCGUGCGCCGCCAACCUGGCCCGGGAAAGGAGGAUGAAGGCGCAACGUCAAGCCAAGGUGCACAUGCCCAACUGCACAUGCGUGGACUGCAUUUGCAUGCCCACUAUUAAGAAGUUGGCCACCACUGUGGAGCCACCUCUGCCCAGCAAAACACCAGUUUAUCAAGUCUUGACUGUGAGCUGCGCGUGCGACAAAAAGAACCCCAAGGUCCCCCCGCAACCACCAGAGCCGCCACCGUCGCCAAACUCCUGCUACUGCGGCAACUGCAAGUGCGCCCCCUGCAAGGACAAGAAGAAAAGAAAGGCCGCUGCAAGUGGGGGCAAAUGUACCUGUGAACCGUGCAAGUGCUCCCCCUGCAAGGAUCCCUCUAAGGGUAUGGGCUGCGACUGCAACCCCUGCGAGUGCGAGGACUGCAAGCAACUAAUGAUAGAGGAACCGGAGCCUGAGCCACCGACUUUGUGCACAUGCGGCCCAUGCGAGUGCAAACCGAUUUGCCCUAUCAAAUCCCCCCGCACCAGACCCGGAGCCAAAAAAGAGGACGCCGACGAACCAGCACCACCGGCGCACCCCAAGACGUGCACGUGCAUCAAGUGCCUGUGCGAAGAGUGCGUGGACAUGAUCCUGCCCCAGGUGGGUGGUAAAAAGCGGGAACCCAUUAAGCUAGACGACAAAGGCCAUCCGGACGGAUGCGACUGCGACGAGUGCGCAUGUCCAAGCGCCUUGGUACCCGUCCAUCCGAUCGACUGCACUUGCGGCGACUGCACCUGUCAGGGCAUAAACGAGUUCCAAAAGAUCGCCGCUGGCAUCCACCCAGACGAUUGCGACUGCACGCUCUGCGCCUGCGUCAACUUGUUGGAGUUCCAAAAGGAGCACGCCGCCUCCUGCGAUUGUCCCGAGUGCGAGUGCUCGCCUUGCGUUUACAACAUGAGAAAGACGAUCGGGUGCACUUGCAGCAUAUGCUCUUGCGACGACUGCACCGAUCUUGCCAAGAAGAAAGAGAAAUGCACAUGCGAGACUUGUAAAUGUGCCCCGUCCUCGGACGAGAAGCCCCCUUGCAUUUGCGAAGACUGUAACUGCUCACCAGACAACAUGUGUGACCCUAACGAAACUGAGCUAGAAGCUGCUUGCGAUUGCGAGCCGACCUGCGCAUGCGUUGAUUGUGCCGACCCUAACGUACAAAAGAAAGAAGAGACGUGCGAUUGCACGGAGUGCCACUGCGAAUCAGACGCGUCUAAAUCGAAAGAACCGAAGGAAGCUGAAGAGAAUAAGGAGGGCAAGGGCAAGGGUUGCAGUUGCGACGUAUGCAAGUGCGACGAUGGCGAUACAAGUGCAGCUGCGUGCGGGACGCCUGGAUGUACCUGUCCAGUCUGCGAGUGUCUCAAGGCCAUCGUAGCAGCAAAGAACGAUGUAAAGAACGGAGUAUGUGGCGACCCAAACUGUAUAUGUACUAUAUGUGAUUGUUUACCAGGUGGCACGAAAGGAACUGACCAGUUAGACGCGCAGACGCCUGACGUGGACUGCAACUGCGAAAUUUGCCAGUGCGAAACCGAACCUACGACCGAUCAAAAGAAAGGCGACAAGGCACCUGACAGUACCGAAUGUGACUGUGCACUUUGUAUUUGUAACAAAGUUUGCGAUAAUAAGGACUGCGACUGCACCACUUGUGAGUGCUCUGACGGAUUAGGAUCUGGUGACAAGGACCAAGUCAAAGUAGCCAAAGAGCCUGAACCAUCUUCAGUUUGUAAGCCACCAGAGCCUGAAACAAUACAAUCUAGCGAAGUUCAGUGCGACUGUGAUAACUGUGUCUGCUCCAGAGAGGGUGGUGGAGACAACACCACGUUGUCAAAGUUGUCAAAGAACACAGUCGACUUAAACCAAAUCACUCCAGGCGAUUUAUUUAAAUGCUCCUGCGAGAUAUGCAAAUGCGAGGAAGAAAGACUAAAGGCUGAGAAAAAUAAAGAAGGGGGACCUUGCCCAAACUGCAAAUGCAAUCCAUGCCAGUGUGAAUUCGCAUCAGCUAAAAGUUUCAUUGAAAAAAGUGACACAGCAGGUCCAUGUCCAAAUUGCGCAUGCUCACCUUGCCAAUGUGAAGGUGCUGAUAAAAAAACAUCACAAACUGGAAAAGGUCCAUGUCCAAACUGCUCGUGCUCACCAUGCAAAUGUGAAAGUACCAAAGGGGAUGACAAGAAAGCAGAAUCACAAACUGGAAAAGGUCCAUGUCCAAACUGCUCCUGUUCACCAUGCAAAUGUGAAAGUACUAAAGGGGAUGAAAAGAAAGCACAAACUGGGAAGGGUCCAUGUCCAAAUUGUGCAUGUUCUCCUUGCCAAUGUGAAAGUACCAAAGGGGAUGAGAAGAAAGCAGGAAAAGGUCCAUGUCCAAAUUGUGCAUGCUCCCCAUGCCAAUGUGAAAGCACCAAAGGGGACGAGAAGAAAGGAGGGAAAGGCCCUUGCCCAAACUGCGCAUGCUCACCAUGCCAAUGCGAAUCAUCGCAAUCUAAAACUGAAGCAAGCAAGCCAGAAAAGGGCCCUUGCCCAGGAUGUGUGUGCAAACCUUGCAAAUGUGAAAACAAAAAGGAAGAGACCAAAAAAGCGGACUCGAAGACCGAAAAGGGUCCGUGCCCUAAUUGCACAUGUCCCGCGUGCAAAUGCGAAUCACCUAAAACUGAGACCAACAAACCGGAUGGUGCCCCGUGUCCGGGAUGCACCUGUUCACCCUGUGAAUGCGAAAAGGACAAAAAGGCAGACUCGGGGGCUGGAAAGGGGCCGUGCCCCAAUUGUUCGUGUUCCCCAUGCCAAUGUGAACCCACCAAAGGAGCAGACAAAGCCGGACCAUGUCCUGACUGCAAGUGUUCGCCAUGCGAAUGUGAGCCUCAAUCUAAAACUGACACGGGCAAGUCGGAUAAAGGUGCAUGUCCAGAAUGUACCUGUUCACCUUGUGAAUGUGAGUCGUCCCAAUCUAAAACCGACGCAGGCAAGUCGGAUAAAGGUGCAUGUCCAGGAUGUACCUGCUCACCAUGUGAAUGCGAAAAGGACAAAAAGGGGGACUCGGGAGCUGGAAAAGGGCCGUGCCCCGAUUGUUCAUGUUCAAAAUGCGAAUGUGGAACUGCCAAAGGGGAUGACAAGAAAGCCGGAAAAGGUCCGUGUCCCGAGUGCUCAUGCUCACAAUGCGAUUGUGAAUCAACAAAAACCAAAACUGAGACAAGCAAGUCAGAUAAAAGCUCCUGUCCAGCAUGUAUUUGUGCUUCCUGUAAAUGUGAAGACAAAACUACAACAGAUGUGUCAACUUCCGAAAAGACAGCUGCCCAACAAUGCCAAUGUGACAAGUGCAACUGCCCAAAUUGUACUGCUAUGCCUGGAGGUAAACCUGACGCAGGCAAGGCUGAAAAAGGGCCUUGCCCUAAUUGCACUUGCUCACCUUGUAAAUGUGAGAACAAAAACGACAAAGAGAAAUCAGAUGAGCCGCCGCCUUUUGAAGUACCCGUUCGAAAAGAGUGCGAAUGUGAACAAUGUGAUUGCGCAGAGUGCAAAAACAACCCUACUACUAAAGGUCCUGCCUCCAAGUGUGAAACCAAAUCUGACGCACCUCCAGCUGUAACGAGUGAUAAAGGACCAUGUGCAGCCUGCGUGUGCAAAAUCUGUAAAUGUAAAGAAGUGGAUAAAAAAGACGGAAACACUGAUGGGAAAACUGGAGCAGGACCUUGUCCAAAUUGUACUUGCUCACCGUGCAAAUGUGAAGCAAACUCCGGUGAUAAGGGGCCUUGUCCUAAUUGUACUUGCUCCCAUUGCAAAUGUCAAACCACUCAAUCAGAAAGUGCAGCCGCCAAGUCAGGAGCAGGACCUUGUCCAGAUUGUAAGUGUGACCCUUGCAAAUGUGAAAAUGCUCAAUCAGGUGGCGCAGAGGCCAAGUCCGACAAAGGACCUUGUCCCAAUUGCACAUGCUCCCCUUGCAAAUGUGAAACCACUCAGUCAGGCGCAGCCAAGUCAGAAGCAGGACCUUGCCCCGAUUGCAAAUGCGCUCCGUGCAAAUGUGCUCCUCAGUCAGGUGGUACAGACAAAAAAGGACCUUGCCCCGAUUGCACGUGCUCCGCAUGCAAAUGCGAAACGGGCAAAACUGAAGGCGCAGCUAAGUCUACCAAAGGUCCUUGUCCAAACUGUCAGUGCAGUCCUUGUAAAUGUAAAGACGACAAAAGCGAUAGCACCGCGCCGCCCUUCGAAGUACCCGUCCGCAAAGACUGCGAAUGCGAGAAGUGCGACUGUUUCAUAUGCAGCACCCAACCCAAAAGCAAAACGGUUAACACAGAUAGCGUCACGGGGAAAUGUUCGUGUGACGAUUGCAAGACGAAAGGCAGCGUGCGCAACAUGACCGUGUCCACGAGUUCCAAACAAUGUGACGACAUUUCUCAAUACGACAACAAAACGUUAAAGCAGAAAAUCUCCCAAAGUAAAAAGGAGUGUUGUCAGUGCCGACAGGAGAUCGAGGAAAUCCGCAAAGCUCUCGACAACAUUAGAUGCGCAUGCUCAGAAGCUGAGUCGAAGGCGCUUCAAAGUCAGCCGUUCGUUAAGCAAGCUUCCAACUUCGGCGACACCAUGUCUGGCCUUAAAAUGGCGCUGACUAAUCUGGAAGAGAAAUGCAAAGCCAAGGACAGAAUGAUCGAGGCAAUGACCGGAGAACUGAAGUGCAGAGCUGGCGACAGUUACGUAGAUAACUUGUUGACGAAGAAAUCCGACUGCAAAGACGUGCCGGACUACGACAAAACCAACGGAACAAGCCUCAAUGACAGCAGCAAAUGUAAAAGCAAAAAACGCGAACGCAAAGGUUCCAAAGCUGGCGCUGACAUAUCCAAAUUCGAAGUGACAGACAUUCGACGCAUCACCAACGACAGCAUAAUUUUGAAGUGGUCUUCGGCCGGAUCCUCAAAAAUAGUCGGCUAUGAUAUAUUUGUUAAUGGAGUCCUUAAGUCCAAAGUGAUGAGUGGCGACCGGACCAGUGCCAUGAUUCAUUCAUUAAAUUUGACUGCGACCAUUCAAAUAACCAUUUAUGCGGUGACAAAGUGUGGAAGAAAUGAACCACCAGCAAUAGCAAUUUAUGAAAUAUGUAAAUAACUUUAUCAUACCCCCGGCAUGUGUAAUCAUAUACGUUCGUAAAAUAAAAUAACAUCCAUAAAACCAA